GUGUCAUAACACACCUCAAGAAAAAUGUCCUACACAAAUAACUACAAUUAUCAGGUGGCUGUAAUCUUCGCCAUUUUGCUCGGUGGAAUUCUUUUACUAGCGCUUGUUAUUGGCGGAAUCUACUUCGUCUGUGUGAGCAACAUGCGAGAUGACGACAAGAAACGUCUACAUUCUGGUCGAAACUCGGCCUCAGCAUGGCCCGGACAAGCCCCAUCCUAUAGCAGUGCUCCAUAUCGAGCUGCUCCUACUACAGCUGUAUUGACAGCUCCUACACCACCAGCACAAAGCUAUGACUUUGCCCCGCGAGGAUCAGCUGCCCAAUCACCAAUGGGUAACGUAGCACCACAAGCACAGUACUCAUCACAGGUCCCACUUGUAAUGCCCGCACGAGUCGAAGAGUUCGGGCCACCGACGCAUUAUCGUCCACUUCAACCUGACGUCAUAUACACUCAGGGACCCUCCGGCUAUACGCAAACGACACCCGUCGAGUACACAGUACAAUCAUUCCCUACAUAUCACCAAUCCUCAGUCUAAUUGGCGGAAACUUCUGGAAUUUUUUGGAGCCAUAGAAGUUCUGCCAAUUUUUUACUAGUCUAUUGCUUGUACAUAAUGCAUACUCGAGUAUCUCAGCGUUUGCUACAAAAACUCUUAAUCCUGUGCUUUAUGAAACCGCUGUAGCAACGGGCCACAUAUCAUUUACUUAUGAUAAUUGCUACGAAUUGAGCUAUUUUGUAUUUUUGCGCAAGAUCUGGGAAUCAGCCGUGCCAGCCGGGUAGAGGAACAAAAUCCGGUAGGAGCCCGCCCUGCCUCCGUGGACUACUGGCCCUUUCUCACAUGCUAUUGUAUGCCGAACGAGGACCAGUAGUCCGCAGGACAAGUGACUAACGGUGGAAUCUUCUCCUCUAUCACGUCAAUGUCAUGCUCAAAAAACAAAAUUGUUGGAACAUUUUUCUAGCACUGCUAAUUCCCAUAUAUCGACUAUGCGAAAAUCCUGAAAUUCAGGGCAAUAUCGCCAUACAUUUUUCACAAAGUUCCACCUCUUGUUUUUCGUUAGAUUCUCUGUCACAACAUGAAAUGUUGAAACUUGCAUUCAGCGCGGCAACAAAAGCGCUACAGUGCCAAUCCGCACGCGGGCAAAGCCGCGCACGUAUUCAUUCAGCCUAUCUGUCCGUUGCCUUUGUCGAGCAGCGGCUAUGGAACGACUGUAAAAUUCUCAAUUGUAUCUCGCUUACUUACAAAUAUUGUUGCUCAAAUUAUUCUCAGCACUUCGUCCUCA